AGGUGUGAUCGCUGUCACUGAGUUCGCUUGGCUCAUAACACACAACGCACCACCCCGCGCUCAAUAAUCCGAGUAGGGUUUCUCGAUUUCGAGCAAUCUGAGAAUCUAGGUUUUUAAAUUUUGUUUCCUUUUUUGGUUGCAAUUACUUGGAGCGACGUUUCGGACAACUUUGAAAUACUUGCUAAAAUAGGCGGCCGGAAUUGAUUUUUAAUACGGAACUGGGAUAAUUGUUUAUGGAGUGGUGUUGCAUGACUGGGAAAUGAAGGAUUCGACGAAGAAAUCCACCAGGGUUUCACCGUCGCAGGCGGCCGACCUCCGUCAAGCAAAGAGCCUGUUACCAGAGGAUCAACCUGCAAGAGUUAAAACUAAAUCACAGCCAUCAUGUUCUAAUGUUGUGCGCUCGAAAAAUCACCUUGCUUGGUAUGUUGCACUAAACACAAAACAAUUAGAAAAGAAGAUCUCUCACAUUCCUCAGAUCAAAUGGAAAUGCCCUCCCAAAUUUGCUUUAAAUACUGGUUGGCAUGUCGUUUCCGGUGAAGAAAGCCAGGAGGCAGAAGCUCAAAAGUGUACAGAAUCGGCUGACCUCACUACAAUACCUCCCUGCCUCUUUACUCCGCUGCUUGUGGAAGUUGAUUGUCAUGAUAAUAGUGAAACACCGAUCAUCCCAAUCAUUCCUAUUGAAGAAAUGGCUGCAGAAAUGCCAUUCGAUACAUCAGGACAACCACUGGCCUCAUGCCCAUCAGUAUCCGGUGAUCUUCCCGUUUCUCAGUCUGAUCCUUCUGAAUCUGAAGACCAAUCUGUUCAUGGUAAAUCUCUUCCCCAUAUUCUGCAUGGUCUGGAAAGUGGUGAUCUGGAAAUUGCAGUUGCUGCGGCUGCUACUGUUGCUGCAGUAAUGAAAAGUAAAGAUCAUAUCGACACUGGACUGUUGAUCAAGUUCCUUAGCGACCCAAAAAUGAUUAAGAAAUUGAUGAAUGGAAACGGAUUGACAUCGAAGCUUGAAGAUGAAGCUCCACCUGCACCCAAAGCAAUCACAUCCUUGCCUUUGCCAAGCUCUACACCUGCUAAUGAAACAGUGAGCAAAGCAAUCCUAUUCAACUCUACGACAGAGCCAUUGAAUCAAUCUUCUAUACUGCCUUGCUCUAAAGUCGAAACAGAUAUCAUCAAAGCAACAAGUAAACCAAGUGGUGCUUAUGCUGGAAAUGGACCAACACACGCAUCAAAGGCAGCAAAAAAAAUGAGUCAAUCACCAAGGUUUAUCUCUAGUGGGCCGACUAAAAAGUUUACUGCUUGUUCACACACUCAAGAACAGAAAGUAAGACCUCUAGUGCCUAGCACUUUGAGACCCGAUGAGAAAACCAUCGACAGGCUACUGAAAAAAUAUGGUAGUCCUGAUAAUACCAUCGACAGGCUACUGAAAAAAUAUGGUGGUCCUGAUAUUACCGGUGUGAAGCCUGUGGACUCCCUUAAUCCAUCCACCUCAAUGCUAAACUUGGAGACGAUGAAGACAAUGAUUGAUGAUUACGGAGCACCUGAUGUGGUUCGGGUAAAGCCAAUGGUUUCGCUGGUUGCUUCCAACUCAGUGCCACCAAACAUAAGAGAGGUACGCAGAAAACCCUCCACGGGACCAAGUCCUCCAUUGCUGGCCUCGACUGCCUCACCUCCUGUGACAAAUUUGCACGCCUUGCCCAUCGAUGCUACAGGUAAUUUCCGUCCCUCCUACACACCCAUGGCUAUCCCUGCCCGUGAAGUUGGCUUACAAUAUCACAAGUCCUUAAUCAAACAUGGAAAGAUCCAUGAAACUGAGAAGGACAAAGUCCCAAAGAUUUGCCAAUCUGGUAACUACUUGCAAGGGCUAGAGCAGUGCCAUAAGAUAACCAAAAUCGAAACAAAUCCAAAAUAUUGGAAACCUUGCCUAUAUUUCACUAGCUCAAGAGGGUGUCGAAACGGUCACAAUUGCCCUUUCCAGCAUGAUGUGCCUAAACAAUGGAGGGCUACUAGCGCCGUCGAGGCCCCGAUAAAUCCGGUAGCCAUUGCCCCAGUAGCCAAGAGGAUGAAGCUUAAUGAGCAAUUUCAAAAAUGGCAUUAUUUGUGAGAUGUUGCUAAUGCUAUCAAGAAAUAGCGCAAACGGCCUUACAAAAAUUAAGGCCUUUAAACUCAUAUGACUGCAGAAAGAUACUGUUUUUUACUUUCGCAAUUGAAAAACUACAGUAUACAGCCUUUUUGUUUUAAAAGCUA